AUGUCAGCAAUUAUCCGCCUCCGCCCGAACCGUAUCGUCCUAACAUCGGAUGAAGUCCACAACCUGCAUCCCCGUAGCGCAGACCCCAGCAGUAGUGGUUCCACGCCAUCCCCGGCCGCAAUACUAGCAUGGGACCACAACAUCACCCGGCGACGUGCCCGAGCGAGGGCGUCUCGCAGGCAUUGUGCUGAGGCCCUGGACUUGUACGCACCGGAAUUGGAGGAGGGCAGUGAUGGGAGUGUGAAGAUUCUUGAGGAUGAGGAUGUGAUGGAGGAAUGGAGCGGUGGAGGAGGAGGAGAAGGAGACGGUAGGGAGGGGGUGGCGUUGGAGGGGAAUGAAGAUAUUUUGAUUUUGCCGUUUGCAGACGUUGGCGUGGGAGGAGUGCGGGUGGAGGAGGGGGGAACGGUUCAACGUGCCGAUUCAGACAGUGGAAAUGCCACUGCCAGCGCCAGCGCCAGUGGCAGCGGCAGCGGUGAUCCAGCCCUUUCUGCCACGGGCGCAGGAGGGGUAGACGACGCAUCACAUGAUUUUAUUGACAUAGCAUACCUCGCAGACAUCGACUUUGACCCCCCAGAUUCUCCACUGCCUACUCCCCCAACUACAGAAGCAUACCUGGAUGGUGCGACAGCCGCUCUGGCGUCUCUGGAUAUCUCAACCCUUGAAACCACAACAACGGGCGCAAAGACUCCAACGUCACUGCGCCGCUUCGCAGAACGCGAGUCGUCGUCACCGGGGGAUGGAGUUUCGGGGCUGUCACCGAGGCAUAAAGCUGUUGAAAGGAAAAGGUUGGCAAGGUAUAGGGAUAGAAGUCGCUCUGUGGAAGGUGCCCACUUGCGCAGAUUCAGAACCACAGCCGGAGGAUUCGAUGGGGAUGAUGAGAAGAGUGAUAGUGACAAUGACGGGAGUUCGGAAGAUCAUGACGACGAUAGCGAUAGCCCUAUUUGUGGAGAGGUAGAUAAGAAAGGGAUGGAGGAUGUGGAUGCUGGCACUCAGACUGAAAAGGUGGAGGAAGGGGAGCCUGCUGUGGCUCCCUCCAAAAAAGGGGAGGGAAAGGCUGCUGCUACUACUAAAAGGUUUAGGCAGUCUGUGAGAGAGUGUUCUGUGGCGAGCCAAUGGUUGGUUGAUUGAUUGAUUGAUUGCGCUGGCAUUAUCAUUGCUCUUCUGGAGUUGCAUUGCAUUGCAUUGCCUUGACUUUAGUUUGGUUCUUUCGAUAGGUAACUUGCUUUUCUUUUCUUUAUUUUGCCAUGGCUAAGGUAGGAUUCUGCCGGUUGCUUGGUUUUGCUUAAAAAGUUCGCAAAUUGGGGCCGGGGAGGCAGCCAUCCGUAAUGGGGACUAUUUUUUCUUGUUCUCUUCACCUCUUGCGCACACGGUUUACCCGCGGCCAUUUGGUCUCCUUUUCUUCGUGCUUCUAAUGUAGCGGGGCGACUGAGAGAAAACUCUGAAAGCCAGCACAUGAACUACGAUACCCGAUUAAUGAAUUAAUACCGUAUCAU